AAAGCAAAGUCCCCUGGGCUGGGGUAUAUCUUCUUUUUUAAAAAAGUCAAGCCACAAACCGCAACCGGCCACUGAGCGAGGCAAUAACUCCGAAAAGUGGCGUUUUGCAAAACUUUUUGAAACUCCUCCUCUUGCAGUCAGAGCAAAGUAUCCGGCCGCUGUCGGUUUCUUAAGUCACUGGAGUGACUUUGGAGUGCGGCUGAACCACAAAUCAUUAGCAUAUUUGGAGCUGACCUUGGUCGGUUGGGUUGUCCGCCUGCCAAAAAGAAGAAAACCCCUCUCCUUACCAAGAAACAAUUGCAACUUGGGGGAAGAAAACGAUGGAGGGCCACAAGACCAGCAAUUCACCCGAGGUGCAGGAUGUCUUGAAAGAAUCUGGAACCGGUGACGAAGAUGCAGCCGCAGCCUCUCUCUGGACCGCCUCUGCCAACGGGCUGGUCAAACUGAGGAUAGACGCUACUUGCUCCCAGAAGCCGAUAACGGUGCACGACAUGUUCCUGGAAUCCCUCGAGAAAUACGGGUCCCUCAACGCGAUGGCCAGCAGGAAGGACGGGAGAUGGGAAAAGAUCACUUUUCUGGAGUAUUACAAUCUUUCUCGGAAAGCAGCCAAGAGCUUCCUCAAGCUUGGCCUGGAACGAUUCCACGCGGUGGCGAUACUUGGGUUCAAUUCUGCAGAGUGGUUCAUUCUGGCGGUGGGAACCAUCUUUGCUGGCGGGAUUGUAACAGGAAUCUACACAACCAAUUCCCCCGAGGCCUGCCAGUAUAUUGCGCACGACUGCCGAGCAAACAUCAUUGUAGUAGACAACCAGAAACAGCUGGAUAAAAUCAUGCAGAUUUGGCACCAGCUGCCACACUUGAAAGCUGUUGUAAUGUACAGGGAUCCCAUGUCGGAGAAACAUCCCAAUUUGUACGCGAUGGACGAAUUCAUGGCUCUGGGCAACCAAGUUCUAGACGAAGAUCUCGAUGCGAUUAUUCAUUCCCAAAAGCCGAAUCAGUGUUGCGUGUUGAUCUACACAUCUGGAACGACCGGGAAGCCCAAAGGGGCGAUGCUGAGCCAUGAUAAUAUUACCUGGACCUCCGCGCACGCUAGCCGAGCGGGCAACAUGCAGCCCGCCGAAAUCCAACAGGAGACGAUAGUCAGCUACCUUCCGCUGAGCCACAUAGCGGCCCAAAUCUACGACCUCUGGACAGGGAUCAAAUGGGGAGAGCAAGUUUACUUUGCGGAACCGGAUGCCUUGAAGGGAGGCCUGGUGGACAUCCUAAAGGAAGCCCUGCCCACGUCUCACAUGGGAGUUCCUCGGGUGUGGGAGAAGAUCAUGGAGAAAAUCAAAGAGAUCUCUUCGCAGUCGGGAUUUCUGAAGAAGAAGAUGCUGUCCUGGGCCAUGUCCGUCAGCUUGGAGAGAAACCUGAGCGGUUCAAACAGUGACUUGAAGCCGUUCCGGAUGAGAUUAGCAGACUAUUUGGUCCUGGCGAAGAUCCGUCAGGCUUUGGGAUUUUCUCAGUGCCAGAAGCACUUCAGUGGAGCCGCUCCACUCCCUGCAGAGGUGAUGCGUUUUUUCCUGGGCUUGAAUAUCCCCUUAUACGAAGCGUAUGGGAUGAGUGAGACUACCGGCCCCCACUGCAUGUCCGGGCCAUAUGUUUACCAACGUCACAGCUGUGGCAAAGCAGUCCCCGGCUGCAAAGUGAAGCUGGUGAACGUGGAUACCGAAGGCAAUGGGGAGAUCUGCUUUUGGGGGCGCACGGUCUUCAUGGGCUAUUUAAACAUGGAGAAUAAAAUCAAGGAAGCCAUUGACGAGGACGGCUGGCUGCAUUCCGGAGACCUUGGAAAGAUAGACAGAGAUGACUUUAUCUACGUCACUGGAAGAAUCAAAGAGAUCCUGAUUACAGCUGGUGGGGAAAAUGUGCCCCCGGUGCCAAUCGAAGAUGCUGUGAAGAAAGAAUUGCCUCUUCUGAGCAACACCAUGCUGAUCGGAGACCGGAAGAAGUUCUUAUCCAUGUUGCUGACUUUGAAGUGUGUCCUCGAUCCCGACACAUCGGAACCCACCGACCGCCUGACCCAAGAAGCACGGGACUUCUGCGAGAAAGUCGGCAGCAGAGCCACCAAAGUCUCCAAGAUCGUGAGGAAGCGAGAUCCAGCCGUGUACCGGGCUAUCCAAGAAGGCAUCGACCGCGUCAAUGAGCGGGCCGUUGCCAAUGUUCAACGCGUCCAGAAAUGGGCAGUCCUUGAAAAGGAUUUUUCCAUUGUGGGUGGAGAAUUUGGACCAACCAUGAAGUUAAGGCGACAAGCUGUGAUCGAGAAGUACAGGGACGAAAUCGAAGCUUUUUACAAAGACUGAAGCCGAGCUCCUCUCCGCGAGCCUCCCUGUGACGUAAAAUCAAUCCGGCCGCUCAAGCUUCAAUUUGUCGUUGAAGGCUUUCACGGCUGGAAUCCGCUGGCUGUUUUGGGUUUUCUGGGCCGGGUGGCCGUGGUCUGGUAGUUUUGCUCCUGGUGUUUCGCCCGCAUCUAUGGCUGGCGUCUUCGGAGGCACGUCAUUACGUGUUUCUGUGCCAUCUGACUGGGACGUGCAUCUGAACAUGCCAGCCAUAGAUGUGGGCGAAACAUUAGGGGCAAAACUACCAGACCACAGCCACACAGCCCAGAAAGCCCACAACAACCAACACAAAUUUCCUUUGAACAUCUCUGCAACGUCAGGAAUGGGCGGAUCUUGCUGGCUCUCUUCGUAGUUUCAGAAUUUUGCUACGUGUGGUAAUUUUGCAAAUCUCUGUAAUCUGGUUUGGCCAGGGUAGCAUAGCAUUUAGCAUUCAGACGAGUACCGUGGAAACUGAUUCAAAUCUCCGCUUUCCCGCUGAGCUCAGUAGGGGGACCUGGGCCCAGCCGCACCCUCUCGAACUAGCCUACCUCUGAUGGUUGUUGUGAGGCUGUGUGCUCUAGUCUGAGCCUUCCUAGAGGAAAGGAUGAAAUGGAUCGAUUUGAUAAGAACAUAAGAACAUAAGAACAAGCCAGCUGGAUCAGACCAGAGUCCAUCUAGUCCAGCUCUCUGCUACUCGCAAUGGCCCACCAGGUGCCUUUGGGAGAUCACGUGCAAGAUGU